UUCCCCGCCCUCAAUCCGACUACGUCCAUUCUUUGACAUCACCGCUCUUAAAAUUCUUCACCGACGGGUUUUUGAAAAUGUUCCCCGCCUUUUUAUCAGUAUUCAAAGCAGGCCAAAGUAGCGCAAGCUCCAGCCGUCGAAUCCGGUACGCAAUGAUACUCGACGAGCUGAAUCGAAUCAUAUUAGGACGUCGCAGGUUCCACAAUUUUGAACAAAGUUAUUUUGGGAUGUACCCGACGUGGUCGGGUCGGGUUUGGGAUUUCGAGUUUUCCAGCUACUGGUACUUCUAUGUCCUACUUCUAUGUACUUCCUAUUUUUUCCCUUCUUUUCCCAUAUUUUCCCCUUCUUUUUCCCCUUUAACUCUCCAAAAAUGUUUUUUAAAUAAAAAUGCUCCUUUUUAUGCUUGUAAAUCUAUUAAUUUUCUCGUCUCUUUUUUCUUUGAAAAAAAACUUUUUUUUGUUUAUUAUCUAUCCGCGGUUAUCAUCAAAAAAAUAUUUUUAUAA